AUGGGCCUUAGACAUCCUGAGCCCAAAGUCUCCGCAUUCAUCCCAUCUCAAUCUCACACUCAUCUCCGUCUCCUCUCUUAUCUCAAACAUUUACUCAAUAUGCCCAAGGCCGAUAGAGCUUCGUCAUCGCACCAUCGCAACUCCGUUUCGACCGUGUCAGCAGCUGGAGGAUCAGGCAGUCGAAGCUCGUCAUGGACACCCAAGGAUGAUGAGACGCUCACUCGAGCCAGAGCACAAGGAUUGAACUGGAACCAAAUUGGACCGAAGCACUUUCCCUCCAAAACACCCAAUGCGUGCCGUAAGAGGCAUGAGCGAUUGAUGGAGAGGCAGAACGCCGAGCAAUGGGACGGUGUCAAGCUGGACGUCCUGGCACAAGCCUACAUGGAAGUCCGCCGAGAUAUGUGGAGCAUUCUUGCGGCACGAGUCGGAGAGAAAUGGCAACUAGUCGAGACCAAGUGCAUGGAGAAGGGACUGAAAAACCUUACACAAGCAUACAGGUCUGCACAGAAGAAGCAGAAUGAUGGUACCUACCACGGCCAUGAAGACAGCGGAAUUAGCAUUUCUGACCUAGAGGAAGAACAUGAGGACCACCAUGCGGACUUGCCCACCGUGUCCGAGGCCCACUACUCGGCUUACCCUGUGGGAUACCCUUCGCAAUCACAACAACAGCGAGUACCCAGUAUUCAGUCCAUGCUGCAACCCAUGCAACAUCCAAUGCAGCCCAUGCAACAACACACGAUGCAGCAGCCGAUGCAGCAACCUAUCCAGCAUGCGAUGCAACCAUCACUACAGCAGCCUAUGCAACAACCUGUUUACAUUGACUCGAUGAUACCAAGGGAAACGCGAACAGCGCUCCCGCCUCCCAGCAAUCCUUCCAGGGGACCGUCCACACAGCAGCCCUCGCCAGGGACGAAGCAGCAUGACUGGACGCUGGAAUUUUCCAUCCUCGAGUGCGCCGAAUUUUUCUCCUGUUUUCAUUGCUGUUGCACUGGCCGAUUGAGCGAGAUGCGCGCCCCGCUGCUGCGCGUCCCGUAUACAGAUCCGUUUCCUGCACCGAGGAUUAUACCGGCUGGUGCGACGACGGCGAGGGCGGCUGUUGCUGCUUUGGUGGAGUUUUUGAAACCUUGUCUUGAGUCCUCAUCGACAUCGACAUCAGCGACCACAACACCGCAAUCCAACAUCUCCGCACCCCUCCAUCACACCCACAAUGCCCCCCGCAAAGCCCUGCUUCUCACCGGCGCAGGCAUCUCCGUCGCAUCCGGGCUAGCAGACUACAGAGGCACAAAUGGAACCUACACGCUGAACAAGAGCUAUCGACCCAUCUACUACAACGAGUUCUGCGACAGCCACGAGGCGCGGAAACGGUAUUGGGCCAGGAGUUUUCUGGGCUGGACGAAUUUGGAGAGAGCGAGGCCGAAUAGGGCACAUGCUGCUUGUGGGGAAUUGGGGGACAUGGGGGUCGUGGGACAUGUUGUUACUCAAAGUACGUUUUGA